UCGAUAUACAGUGUGUAUCUAUUUCUAGCGCUCCCGUGUAGGACAGGUAUUUUCGACAACUUGUAUACUGGGCUGGGUUAACCCCUUUUCCAGUGGAAACGUGACUGUCCCCAUAAAGGAUAUAGGGUCCCUAAUUCGAUAGGUGCUGAGGGAAGUUGCCAUAGAAAGAUGGCUUUAUUGAAGUUUUUGCUGGCAUCGGCCCUAGUGGUGAUGUUGCAAGCGCAGGAAGAGUGCCCGGCAGAUGGCUGCACAUCAAGUGACGUAGCUCUCCUGGAAGCUGAUAAUAUGCAGGCAGCCAACCAUUACUACAUAGGUGCAAUGUUAAAUGUUCACGAGCAAGGGGAAGAUGCGUACACUUGCGGGAAGACGAGCUUACGUGGGCUUGUAAAUGCUGAAGCUUUCUUUUGGGCUAUAAAAGAGUACUCGCAGCGUGCAGGACUCACAAAUAACAUAGAUCCAGUUAGCGUUGGUGGUUUCCUAAUGGAUAGUUGUGGUAGGGUGGCCAAAUCAAUCGAAGACAUUUACAGUUUUCAGACCUGUAGAAGGCAGUAUACGAAUGUAAGUCCACGCAAUACAGUCGCUAUUGUUGGCGCUUCCACCAGUGACCAAUCCAUGGCUGUAGCCGAGCUUCUAAAUAGUAUGGAGGUAACUCAAGUCUCCAGUUCAUCCACAUCACCAUACCUUAGCAAUACCAAUAUGUACGAAUAUUUCCUUCGCACAGUUCCUUCUGAUGUCGUGCAGACGGUCGUGAUGGCAAGACUAAUGUUGUACAAGUCGAUACAAUAUGUUCAAGUAUUGUACCAGGACAAUGCCUAUGGUAUGGGACUGCUGUUAGCUUUCAAAGAGGCAUUGGAGGGCACAGGGGUGUGCAUUACAGCCCAGUCACAGUUUGAUAUGAAUGCUCGGGGUGCUGAUUACAUUAAAACCAUGCUUAAGGGACCAAAGGACACAAGAUUUGUGGUGAUAUUGGGUACAAACAUGGCGGCACGAUUUGUCCUUGAAACUGUUGAUGGGGAAAACGACCUGAAAAACCAAUUCACGUUUGUGGGAACAUCAUCAUGGGGCACUGAUGUUAAUGUAAUUAGAGGUAUAGAUUCAGCUGAGAAUGCCAUCACCUUUACAUUUAAUACAGGAAGUUAUAUGAACAAAGAUGACGUGAUAAAUUUUUAUAAUAAGAUGUUUAUGCUUAAACCUGACACUGGUAGCAACUCUGGGGACGCCAACGUGAACUUGUACAAUCCAUGGUUCACAAAGUUCUGGGAAGAAGCGUUUGAAUGCAGCUUUGCAGCAGCUACAUGUGAUUUAGCCGAUCAAAAGCUAGAAGACAAAAUCGAUAGGUCUGACCCAUACGUUCCAUUCACAUUGAUGGCGGUAGAUGCGAUUAUUCGUGGUGUCAAGGAAGCGGCCCAAACGAAAUGUGGCAAUAUUCAUGUCUGCUCAAAUCUUCUCAACCCAGAUAAAAGCAGAGGCACUGAUCUCUUCAACUUUAUCAAGAACACUACCAGCGGCAAUGGUCAAAGAUUCUUUGAUGCCAAGGGGGAUGCUGCAUCAGUGUAUGACAACUUCAGAGUAUAUCAAGUGAGAGAUGGAGCAUAUUUCAAUGUUCUGGAUUAUACUGCAUCUCAAACUGGCAACUAUGGCUUUGAUUCAGUAGGCAAACCAGCCAUGGUAACUGGGCCCUCAUCUUGCCCAAGCAGACCCUGCCUUGAAUGUGGUGAGGUACAGUCGACAACGCAAGCCCCUGAGACCACAACUACUACACCGGACCAGAAACAGACUUUGCCUCCUCUUUCAUCUAGCGAUCUGCUCUCUAAAAUGAUAGAAGAAUAUUUCAAGGAUGAUCAAGAAUUCACCGGUGUAUGGCGUGAACAAAUGCGAGAGAGUAAAGACUCUAGUACAAGAUUUGAGAAUGGCUUUGAUUGGAUAAUUGCUAUCGGCGUUUGUGCUGGACUUGGUAUUGUCUGUGUGUUGGUAUUUGAGAUCUAUAUCCUCUAUAAAUUGAUGGGAACAAAGAUCGGCAAGCAAUGGCGAACCAUGUGGCUCGGACAGCUGCUCUUAUUUGGACUCUUCUGUUCCUACUUGACCUUGUUUGCUUAUCUAUUUACUCCGACAAAAGAGACAUGUGGUAUCACACGGUUUGGUGUAGGUGUAUCAUAUGCAAUGUGCUUUGCAGUUUUAUUAGUAAAACUUAUGGUCCUGCUCACUUCAAAAACAUCCGCUGAUACACUGCUCCCAGGCGAUGUUGACUCCCCUAACUACCUUCGUGGAAUCUACCAGUUUUUGAUGUUCCUUUUUGUUGUCGGAGUACAAGUUGUUAUUGCAGUGCAGUGGCUUAUCCAAGUCCCGCCAGAUGCCAUUCAAGUAAAGAGCAACACUGGAGACAUGGUCUGGAUAUGCAAUCACUACACAUGGUCCCUUAACAACAGCUGGGAUGAUAUGACAACAUUUGUUCGUACAGACUUUGAAAAUCACCUUCUUUCACUAACCUACAUCAUGUUUUUGAUCCUUUUAACCACUAUCAUAGCAAUGAAAGCUCACGGCAUAAUUACCAACCAUAGAGAAAGUGUUUUUAUUGGUAUCGCAGCUGGAUUUUCGAUCCCUGUCUGGGUGGCAUGGGGACUUGUUGGUGGACUGAAUAAGGAUCACAAAUAUGCAGAAGAGUUUGGCGAUGCGGCUAUAGCAUUUGGCUUAUUCAUCACUGCCACUUUAGUCCUGUUCUCCAUGUUUUUACCGAAGGUGAGACAACUCGUCAACAUGGGCGUGGAAGGAAUCUACCUGGAAGAUGAUCGUGAUACAUAUUAUGCAGGUUCCGUUGUGAUGGCGCCACCCAGUUACAAGAGCAGACCUAGCUCUGUUGUUUAUGUAAACAGUAAUGGUUACAAUGAUCCAGUUGUACUUGGUGACCAAAAUGCAGUACAUUUACGUCACCCAGGCAGCAAUUACAGUGCCCCUGUAUAUGUUAAGAAACCUGAAUCUAUCCACGGAGGUAGUGGCAAAGUUUUACGUGUAACUGGAGAUUUAACGGGUAAACAUCCACGUGAAAGUAAGAAAUCAGCAUCUGAAGCUGGGUACCAUUAUGCUGGAUCUGGUUACGGCACAUACAGGAAGCCACGAUCAGAAAGUGGCGGCACUAUGAGGCGUUCAGCUUCAGCAACAGAAAUAGGUGCUUUGUGAGGAAAUAAUGUGCACAUUCAUCAACAGAUCUGGGUGCUCUUUGAGGACAUAAUGAACAUUUAGUGCUAUAAAUAGGUAGUCUGGACAUAUUACAGCCUAGCAGACACCUUAUUGGAUAAAAAUACUCUACAACUAGCCAAUUGCUUGUUAUAAACAGUGCUAAAUAUGAUGAUAUGAAGAUGUGAGGACUUAUUAGGUCGGUGAAGAUUGUUAGCAACUAGAAAAUGAUUAAUCAUUACUAUUUAAAAAUACUGUCAAAAAAGUUCUUAUGUAAAGGAAACAUACUCACACGUACAGGCUUAAAAGUUUAUUCUUUGACACAAAGUGUAUCUGAAUAUAAGUAAUUAUGAUGUAAUUCAGGUACCAUCCAUAAUAAUUUUUAUAGUUUUUGGAAUUUUCAUAAUUUUUGCAUUUAUUCACGUUAUUCCAAAUAUAACCAAAUUUUGGACUUUUUUCGUUGUUUUUCAUGAAAACAAAUUUUGGUGUUCAACAUAAUCUUAACAUUUUUUUUUUUACUUUUACUUUACCAUUUUUCCCAUAGUUUUUUCAAAGUACUGUGUGAUAAACCUGUGAUUGUCUUGUUGAUGAAGCAUGAGCACUUCACAAAAGAAUACUCAUUUGUGACAUGAUAUCACAAACACUUAAUAGAGAUAUAUUUUUAUGUUAUUUUUUUUCUCUAAGCUUUAUGGAGCUAAUACCAGUAGUACCAGACCUUUCCAGGAUAUCAGUUCUUUGAUAACUGUGCUCAGUAUUUACAAAUUUUAAUACAAAUGUUUGGUACAUAUAAAAUUACAGUGUUCAGUGAAUGUAAAAUUUAACUGGCAGAAUGGGAUAGGAAACAAACCCUAGUGCUAUUGCCAGAUUUUCAAGGAACUUGGACCUAUUAGAAGCUGGCAGCUAUCCUGUAACAAUCGAAUACAUGGAGAUACAAACCUAGAUAAAAAAGAAAUUGGAGCCGUCUUUAAUUGGCAGGGAUUUGGGAUUAUUAGGGCAGUGGAUUGAAUCAAUGCUCUUGUUUGGUUUAACACUACUGGGUCCAAGUGGAACUGCUUCUUCAUGCCUACCUUAUGAUGCUACUGGUAUCAGUUCUGUAUGUAAAGCUAAGUAUGUUAGGCCAAUUGUUAACAUAUUAUUUCAUGUAAAUAUUUUUGUUUGUAUAAAGAGGUCCAGGCUGAAAAAAGUUUUGGAUUAUUUUUGUGUAAAACUAUAAAUUUAUAACUGUUCUGAAUUGCUGUUUAGUAUAUAUUUUGUAACUUUGUUUUGGUUGAAAUUAAAUUCACAGAAUAUUACGGCUGUUAUAUUCUGUGCAUAUACUUUGUAUUCGAGUAGACACAAAAUGCGUUAAUUAUGCACGCCUUACAUAUAGAGAUUAGUUCCGAAUGUUGUUGAAUGUGUUGUUUGAAAAGGACAAACUGAUCAUAUUAGAUGAAUAUAUGCUACAGAACUUCUUAACAAGAACGAAAGAUUAAGAGAGUAAACCAAACAGAAGUAUAACAUGCAGAAAAGUGCACAAUUAAAAAACUUGCUUUUUCUUCUCUUUACAUGAGCUUUAUUUAAAUGCCAUAAACUCUACAUGUGAUUUACAAAAUGUUGGCUUUACAUUUUUUUAACUUUUUUUUUUUUAAAGUUGUAUGUUUGUAAAUGUAUUAUAAAUGUUGUCUGGUAUGAAAGUAUCAAGUCUUUAAUGCCUGGAACCAGUCUUUUCUGCUUGUUUCUCUUACAUGUGCUGGUACCCACAUUUUGUUUGCUGGUACCAUCCAGUUGGUACCCGUUUUGUCAAUCAAACUUAAUCUAUACUUUUCCACAAUCAUUUAACAUUAUCCCCCUUUUGUAUUCAGUUUCAAUCCUGGUUCAGAUAUUUCUUAAUUUCUUUUUUAUUUCUUUGUAAUUGUCCACACUAUACAAAAAAUAUGCAAUACUUUUUAUGAAUAUUAUAUGAAAGAAUGACUGACUUAUAUUGAGUGUAUGAUUGAAUAUGUCUCAGUAUAACAUAUGCUUAUAUUUUAUAUACAACCUGUGUAUGUUAAUCUAUGCUAAAUGAAUAUUAAAAUAAAUUGUAUAGAUUUUAA